ACGCCGUCGUCGCCCCGCGCCGAGUCCCGCCCGGGCCGCUCCAGCCGACCGUUGGGCGGCCUGCCGAUGUCCCUCCCUCAGGACCUCCCCCUACCCCCGAAUCGCUCUCGCGGCAGCGACCCAUGUGGGAGUUCAGGCUCCUGCGGUCGCCACCGCUGCUGCUCCUCCUGCCGCCGCUCAGCCUCGGAAUCGCCGCGUCCCGCUCGCAGGCCGACACCAUGAACCUGGGCGGCGGCAGCGGUGCGCGGUCCUCCCCGUCGGCGGAGGGGCGCCGGCCGCAGUGCCUGCAGCUGUCCACGGUGCCGGGAGCCGACCCGCAGCGCAGCAACGAGUUGCUCCUGCUGGCGGCGGAGACCACCCGGGAGGGCCCGGAACGGCGGGCCCUCCCUGGGGACCCGGCGAAGGAGGAGCCGCAGCCAGCGCCCCAGCAUCACGUUCUCUAUUUCCCAGGGGAUGUGCAGAAUUACCAUGAAAUUAUGACUCGUCAUCCUGAGAAUUAUCAGUGGGAAAACUGGAGUCUAGAAAAUGUGGCCAACAUUUUAGCCCACCGGUUCCCCAAUAGUUACAUUUGGGUGAUAAAAUGUUCCCGAAUGCAUCUGCACAAGUUCAGCUGCUAUGAUAAUUUUGUGAAAAGCAAUAUGUUCGGUGCUCCAGAACACAGUACGGACUUUGGAGCUUUUAAGCACCUUUAUAUGUUAUUAGUUAAUGCUUUUAACUUAAGUCAGAACAGUUUGUUAUCAAAGAAGAAUGUGAAAGAUUUGAAUCAGGACUCCAAAACAUCCAAUUGUAGUUCCAGUUCUCACACUACUAAUGGUUGCCAGGGAGAAAAAGAGAGGACCUGUGAAAAAUUUGAUGAGUCUGUCAUGAGUUUUUACCCACCAUCACUAAAUGGUGCUUCUUUUACUUUGAUCGGAUUCAGUAAAGGUUGUGUUGUUUUGAAUCAAUUGCUUUUUGAAUUAAAAGAAGCCAAGAAAGACAAGAACAUAGAUGCUUUUAUCAAAAGCAUAAGAACAAUGUACUGGCUGGAUGGCGGUCAUUCUGGAGGAAGCAAUACUUGGGUUACUUAUCCAGAAGUCUUGAAAGAAUUUGCACAAACAGGAAUUAUUGUUCAUACCCACGUAACACCUUACCAAGUAUGUGAUCCAAUGAGAUCUUGGAUUGGAAAGGAGCACAAGAAAUUUGUUCAAAUACUUGGAGAUCUUGGUAUGCAGGUGACUAGCCAAAUUCAUUUUGCAAAGGAAGCUCCUUCCAUAGAGAAUCACUUCAGGGUUCAUGAAGUAUUUUGAGACUACAAGAACAUUAAUGUACUUGUUCAGUGGAAGAAAAGAAGCACUUUGAGUGUUAUAAAUUCAGAUAGUGAGAUCUAAUUCUUAGAUGCACUGUCAGUUUUUCUGGGGGUUGGGGGAGGACGCACACAUUCCUAAAGAGUGUAAUGUGCAAUAGUAUUCCUUGCUUGUGAAUGUGAACAGUUUUUAAUUUGGAUUGGGUUAGAAUUAGUUCAUUUGAAAAGUAAAAGGUAAUUUGUGAUAAUCCUGCAAGGAGAUACAAGACCCUUAAGAAUGAAAGUUAUGAUAUAGUCCUUCUAAAAUGUAAUGAAAAUUGUUAUUGUUGGAAAUACUUUAUUUUCUGAGUAGUAAUGUUUGGAACUAAUUUUGGUGACACUAACGGUAAUUAGCUAUUUUGGCACUCAAAACUCCAUUUUUCUUCAAAUAAAACAAAGGCACACUGAUGUUUUCCAUAAUUUUAGAAUAACUAUACCCUGCCUCUUAUAUUUUAUAAACUCGUAGUCAUUCUUCAAUGUGCCACACCAAGUGUUUUUUCUCGAUAGUCAAAAUGUAUUUGUUUCCAAAUUUCAAAAAACAUGUAGUAGUGUACAGUUGGUUUUUAAAAACAUUACACUUAAGCACUGUGGCUUAAUUUUUAAUUGAUGACUUUUAGAUAAGACAUUUUGGAGUUUGUUGACUCUUGACCAAAAACCAGUUCUUUUGGAAAAUUGUUUUAAAUAGAAGAUAAUUAGGUAUAUUGCAUAAAAAUAUACUACAGAUUUAAAAUCUUUUCAUCAUAUCAGUCUUUUGAAAGAGAUCAACUUAGGUGAAAUAAAUAUAUAACACUCUAUUUGUUAACUGCUCUAUUGAAAAGGAGGCAGAUUCUAUACAUCUAGAAGCUUGAUUUUGUCUGCCAAAAGAAAGCAGCUCUCUUUGGCCAAAAUGCAAAAUUAUAUUGCUGUAAGAAAAGUUACAAGGGAAAGUUUGAAGACACAAAUGAUUUAGUUUUGGCUCAAAAACUGAAUUUGCUUAACACUGCUACAUAAUUUGGGUGAGGUUUCCUUCUGCCUGUUUUCCUUGACCUAGAUAAAUACAUUCUGAGAAACCAAGAUCUAAUGAAUGUCAACCAACAUUGACAGCUGUAUGAUUACAAUAAAAGGUGAAUUGUCACUUUUUUAUUCCUCCUUAAUAAUUAGCUUUUUCAGGUCAUGAUUUAAGCAGGGAUUGCCACUUUCAGACUGAUAAAAAAAAAAAGACACUGAAGCUUAAUAUUUUAAUAACCCAGAGGACCUAAAUUUAUAAAAUAUAGAAUUAAAAUGUUAAUCUCUUGGUUUCUUCCCAGAAUUAUAUUUUAAUGACUCUAUAAUACAUUCCAAAUACUCAUAAGAAUUCUUGCUCACCAAAUGCUUAGAAAUAACAUCCCUUAAUUCUAUAAAGUACAGAAUAGUAUAUCAAAAUUUUUAAGGACAAGUUAGUUUAUAUUGGUUUGAUUUCUUUAAAUACCCAUUUUUGAGACCAAAAAUUCCCAAUAAGGAAACAAGUCAGCCUGAUUCCAGCAUUUUAUUACCUAAUUUUAAAGUACCAUGAUUGAUUGGAUGGCUUCUUUCAAUGUUUAAUAACCCUUGGUUAAAUUCAUGUGUAUCUCAUGUUAAGUAGUUGAGUUACUGAAUGCACUACUGAGGGGGAAGGAAAGGCAUUUAUUUCACAGGAUUAGCUAAAAUGGAAAAAGUAGGACUUUUAGCAGAAGGGAUUCGUGUAAAAAACCUGAGGUAUUUAAAAAUCUGGGUUCUUUAGCUAUCUAGUCAUGACUGCUUAACUAUAAUUGUUAUGUGUUCAAUGGACGUUAAGAAUAACUCACUGGACACCCGGAACUGCCGCUACAACAGGAAGAGAGUGUUGAAAGUAGAAAUAUUUUCUUGAAUGAAAAUAUAUUCCAGUUGAUCCAUAUUCAAAUAUUUAUGACUUUCAAUUUGUUCUUUCUCUGCAUUUGUUUAAAACUAUUGUAAACGUUAGUGUAUCUUUUUGAUUGUGCCUUUGUGUUUGUGUCAUGAGAAUCAACUGAGAAGUCAUACAGAUAAUGUGAAAGUUGUUACCACCACAGCAUGAAUGUACAAUUGUAUUAAAUUUAAUCCGGAGAAGUCUGUUUGGAUGUGCUUUAUGUUACUAGAUCUGUGAAAAUUUCAGAUUGUUACUUCGAAGGAAGCUAUUUCUCUUCACUUUGCCAGUUUAGGUUUGUAUAUGUUUCCAUUAACCUUCCAUGUCUUGUCAUCUGAUCAACUUUGAGCCUUUUCUGUAAAAAUACAUUUCUUCUUUAAGUUGCCCCACAAAAAUUUGCUUUAUUUCCAUUUCUUUUGCUGAAUUUCUUGCGGGGAAAAUCUCUAAAAAAUAAGUAGGUUUUUCCUUUCAUGUGGUAGUCAUUUAAGGUAACUGUAUUUCUUUUGCUCUCCUUAAGAGUCUUUGUUAAAAUACGUUGUCUGCUUUUCAUUUCAUUCAUGUAAUGAUAUCGAAGCACCCACCCAGGGCAAGAAAGAUACAGGCACGGACAAAACAGUCCCAAGCAUUUGAGUAUGGAAAUGUGUAACAGACUAAGGCUUAAAAGUGAAAAUAUGAAACAAAAGGUAGUAUUCUUAAGAGCUAUUCUGUUAUACUUCAUUUAAGGGCCAUAGAGGAUAAGACUGACACGUAGAUAGACCUCAUCUGUAAAUUCAGGUUGGUCAAGUAGCUCUUUGUGGUAGAGACAGGCACUCGCUUAGGAUGGCCAUUUUAGUAUCCCAAUUAAUGGAGCUUUUAAAAAUAGAAUACAACCUGGGUGCGUUUAAAACACUAACCACUCAUAGCCUGUGUGCUUGCAGCAAGGCUAAGGUAACAGCAGGGAUGUGUGAGCGACCGCUGGUUGGCAGCGGCUCCUCACCACGUCUGGUCUCAGCACUGGAGAAAGGAGUCCCCGUGGUACGGCUCCAACCCCACGCACACCUCACUCCAGCUUCCUGCAUUUUGCUUUUUAUCAACGUCUCAGGUUCAGCUUUGAUGUGUGUUGGCAACUUCAGAUAGACGAGAGAAAAGCCUCCUCACCGAGGUUCUUUCCAAAUGUUUCCAUAACUGCUCUUCAAAAGGGUGGAAAGAUCAGAGGAAGCUUUGUUGACUUUAUUUCCCUUUUUAAAACUAUGAGUGACAAGUUUUAAGUCAAUUACUGAAUAAUAGAAUUCCAAUGUAAUUAUGUGCCAAGACAAACACUGUUAGUGUUCAUGAAAAACUAAUACAGUCUAACACAUGUAUUUAAGAGUUGUUUUGAAAGAAUGAUAGAGGGGCCAAAAGAAAAAGUCAAAUAAUAUAUAACUGCAGAUUCCGGUCUGCCCACCUAACGUGUCUAACUUCUUCCCAAAGGCCAUCACUAUCACUGGUUUCUUGUAUAUCCUAGCAUAUAUGCAUCUAUGCACAUACAAAUAAAUGUUUAUUUACAGCAAGCCUUUGUUUUACACAAACGGCAGUAUACUAUAUCCAUCGUUUCCAACCUUUUUCUCAUUUAAUUACCUUGGAAAAAAUUUUUCCUGCUACUACAGUACCCCUGUCUCAUUGUUUGGCUGCACAUUAUUUCAUUUUCUAUUACACUCUGUUGUUUACUUAUUUGUUAGUCUUACUUUGUGUACCUUGUCUGUGUGGUACAAUGAGUGGUACAGUGACAAGUUUUGCUGACAGAAAAUUCCUUUGUGUAUCAGGUCAAGCACCCAAACUGUGGUCGAAGAAUAACAAAAGAGAUGAGCUACACCUAAGGGAGAAAGCAUGGAGAAUGACUUAUCUGGUCACCACAAAUGUAAUUCCAGUUUCUGUCACCCAGCUGUAUAAGCCUUGGACAAUCACUUAAGCAAUAUGGAUUGAUAAAAUGAUUUCUAAGAUCCCUUUCAACAAUAAAGUUCUAAGAUUUGGAAUUCCUGAGAAGUUGCAGCUAACACAUACUGUUUAAUAUAUAUUAAAAACAUCUCAUUUGGUCUUAAUCAGGUCAGCAAAAAAGAUAAAUGCAAAAUAAACAAGACUCUAACAUUAAAAAUUAUGACGAAGGAAUUAAUUUUAAAACUUCCGUAAGGGGUCACUUCAAGUUUUGUGGAUAUUACAAUUUAAUACUGCUGCAGGAGCCACCCCAAAUCUAAAAGCACCAGCCAUCAACUGUCCCUGCCCUGGAAUUACCUCUGUAAUUGUGUAGCAACUGUAAAGUACAAGUUUAAAGAUAAGGAAAAUAAGCUUCAGAAAGAUUGUUAUUUAACUUGCCUAAGGUCAUGCAGUGUGCUUCCCAAAUAAACAAACUGAAUUCUAGAAUGAAUAUUCAUUGGGAAGAUUAUAAUCUGUUUUACUUCCAAGUUUUCUACAUGACUCUGGAUAUCUACUUUGCACUGAUUCUCUUUUUUGUGUGUUUAUUUUUUAAAAAGAGGCAAAACCAAGGAAGGUUUAUUAAAAAGCUGACUAUAAAUACUGUUCAAACUAA